GCACGCCUCACUGUCCAGCAAGGGACGAUAUCUGUCGAGCAACCUGCAACCGCAUAACACCUGCUAUCGAUCCUGCACUCCCUCUCAACAGUUUCUCAUUCCGUCAGUUGGCGCAGCUCUUUGAUGCCUGGUGAACGACAUAGUCAUACAACGAUAUCUUUGUCCUGCGUCAGGGCAGACAGUCUAGAUCACGUAGGCCGCCUAUCAAUUGAUUGCGCGUACCGAAGGCACGGCAUUGUACGCUCCCUUAGCAGAGACUUUGCGUUUCCCAGGGACAAUAUGUCUGCCGAGCGACCAUUUCAGACAUCUUUAGGUUGCGACUGUCUAUUGCAGGUUACGACUGUACGCGCGCACCGUCACCAGGGAAAGGAACAAAACUAUCUCUUCGAUCAUGAAUAUUGCACUUGCAUCUGCCAGUCCGGAGCACCCCUGGAGAUGGCCAGUCUCGUUGCCAAUCCAGAAACUUUAGAAAUUCUCAGUCCUUGUUCCCCAGCGGAUGAUCGCCUCCUCCACCGAGUAAAUCAAUGUGCCUUUGAGACAGGUCGCAAAUGUAUCGUUGCGAGAACCACAAGCACAAGCGCAAGGCCAUCACAAUGGUCACCACGGCAAGCACGCACAAGUUCAUCUCCACGCCCCUUCCACAUACUCUCCCACUCUCGUUCAAUCAGCGCGCGUCACAUAUGAACAGACCCAACAACACUUCGCAACAUCCAUUCGCACAUCUCACAGCUUUGCCUGAACUCAAAUGAUCCAAAGCCCCUCCU